AUGAACAAGUUCGAGCUUCUCUCUUAUGCAACAACACUUUUCACAAAGCCUGACUUCCAUCCGAAAGUUGCAUUACUUGUCAAUCAAAUAUUCUCAUCUAAGAGACGCGCUCUGCCAAUGUGUUUAACGUUACACAACGUGACUUCUCUAACUCGCCCAACAGUCUUUCCAUCUUCACAUGUCACUGAGUAUCUCGGAAAGCUAUACGCAAAAGAUCACUACACUCAUUAUUCAACACGCUUCUAUCGAAACGUGGCCUUUACAAUUCAUCGUUCAAAUAAUAAACAAGUCGAUAACUCAGCUGUUAUGUAUUUUGAUCAUUCAAAUAAUCUUCAACUUGGCAUAAUUAUCGCUAUUAUACAACUAACAAGCACCAAAGACAUUGUAAUCGUUAUCGAUCGUUUUUCGGCGCUAGGACAGAAUGUCGCAGGACAAAAUGUCGCAUGGACAAAAGGUUGCGUAAACAAAACAUUUUCGUGA